CGUGUAAAGAAGCCUUACUAAAAAAUCUUGAGUUGUUGUAAAUCUCCAUCACAGUAUGUCGUCGACGGGACAAGGGCCGGAGAAGUCAAACUUUUCUCAGAGAUGUAGUUUGCUCAGCCGGUACUUGAAGGAGAAGGGAAGUUUUGGGAAUAUUAAUAUGGGUUUGGCUCGAAUAUCCGAUCUUGAGCUCGCCGGAAAAUUCGAUCUCAAAGGUCAACAAAAUGUGAUUAAGAAGGCAGAAACAAGACCGUUGGAAGUGGUUCAAAAGCUUUCCCUUGGUGAGGCCUCUACUUUUUCUGGAAACAAAGCCAUAUAUGUUGAUCUCAGUGAACCAGAAAAAGUUGUAUCAAAGUCUGGAAAUUCACAGUUGACCAUAUUCUUUGGAGGAAAAGUUAUGGUUUUCAAUGAGUUUCCUGAGGAUAAAGCAAAGGAAAUAAUGGAAGUAGCUAAAGAAGCGAAUCAUGUUGCUGUUGAUUCCAAGAACGCUCAGAGUCACAUGAAUCUCGACAUGAGCAACGUGGUGAUUCCUGAUCUGAACGAGCCAACGAGUUCGGGGAACAACGAAGAUCAAGAAACAGGGCAGCAACAUCAGGUUGUGGAACGCAUCGCAAGAAGAGCUUCUCUUCAUCGAUUCUUUGCUAAACGAAAAGACAGGGCUGUGGCUAGAGCUCCAUAUCAAGUGAACCAAAACGGUGGUCAUCUUCCUCCCAAGCCAGAUAUUGGUACUCCAUCGAUAAAGUCAGGCCAAUCUUCGCAACACUUUGCAACUCCUCCAAAACCAAAGGCACAUAACCAUAUGCCAAUGGAGCUUCAUCUCUUCCUUCUUCUGGUUUCAACGAUACUGAUUUCCGAAAACCUGCUAAAUCCCAAACCCAGAAACGGAAAAAAACCUAAGAAGGAGCAGAAACACAAGAAUGAAGUUAAAGAAGGAGAGCCAAAACCGAACAUUGGGAAUGAAAAGGGUAAAGAUUUUGGAGCGAGUAAGCAAAACAAAGAUGCCCCUGUGAAGCAAACCAUACAACCAAAGCCAAAGCCUGGAUUUUUAUCGAUUGAUGAUGAGAGUACUGGGAUUAAGGCAAAACGUUUCGAUGAAUUCAAGAGUUUGCCUAAGCUACCAUUGGUGAAAGCGAGUUUAUUGAGCUCGGAAUGGUACAAUGAUGCAGCGGAGCUUGAGGAGAAGGUGUUUGGUGGCAGGAAAGUGGCGGUGAAUAGUAAGGAGGAUUUGAAGGGUGUGGUGGAGAAGAAGAGAGAAUUAGGGGAGAGAUUGAUGUGGCAAUACGCAGAGGACUUUGUAACUUCGAAAGGAAAGAGUGGAGAUAUGAAGAUGGUGAUUUCUGCUCAAAAGUCUGGGACAGUAGCUGAUAAAAUCACUGCCUUUGAGAUUAUGGUUGGAGAGAAUCCCAUUGCAAAUAUGAGGUCUCUUGAUGCCUUAUUGGGAAUGGUGACCUCAAAAGUUGGAAAAAGAUUUGCAUUUAAGGGUCUUAAGGCUCUAUCUGAAAUUUUGAUCAGGUUAUUACCUGAUCGCAAGCUGAAGACACUUUUACAGCGACCCUUAAACAGGAUUCCGGAAAAUAAGGAUGGUUACUCGCUUUUGCUGUUUUGGUACUGGGAGGAUUGCUUGAAACAGAGGUAUGAGCGCUUCGUCACAGCCCUUGAUGAAUCAUCUAAAGAUAUGCUUCCAGAACUUAAAGAUAAGGCUUUAAAGACAAUAUAUUUCAUGUUGACAAGCAAAUCAGAACAAGAACGGAAAUUGCUAGUGUCAUUGGUGAACAAGUUGGGGGAUCCUCAAAACAAGAGUGCAUCUAAUGCUGAUUAUCACCUGACAAAUCUUUUGGCUGAUCAUCCUAACAUGAAGGCCGUAGUGAUCGAUGAAGUUGACUCCUUUCUCUUCCGACCCCAUCUUGGGUUACGAGCAAAGUAUCAUGCUGUUAACUUCUUGAGUCAGAUCCGAUUGAGCCACAAAGGAGAGGAUCCAAAGGUGGCAAAACGUCUAAUUGAUGUAUAUUUUGCCCUGUUUAAGGUUUUAACUACAGAAGCAAAUAGGAAACAAGGCGCAGAUGACAAAGGAGUCACUGAUAAGAAAAAAUCCAACCCAAAGGACACAAAACAAGAAGUGUCAACUGAUUCACCUAUUGAGUUGGAUUCAAGAAUUCUAUCAGCUCUACUCACGGGAGUUAACAGAGCUUUUCCAUAUGUUUCCACUGAUGAGGCUGAUGAUAUAAUUGAAUCCCAGACGCCAGUACUUUUCAAAUUGGUACACUCUGCGAAUUUCAAUGUAGGAGUUCAAUCACUGAUGCUUCUUGACAAGAUCUCAUCCAAGAAUAAGAUUGCUGAAAUGUUUAUUGGGCUUCUUCUCAGAGCCAUGAAAAAUGAUAUAAAUGUGAAGCGUGUGGCUGCCUUCUCCAAAAGAGUCUUGCAGGUUGCGCUUCAACAGCCACCACAGUAUGCCUGUGGAUGCCUUUUCCUAUUAUCUGAAGUGUUAAAAGCAAGGCCGCCUCUAUGGAAGAUGGUGGUCCAGAGGGAAUCAGUUGAGGAAGAAGAAGAUGUAGAACAUUUUGAGGAUGUGAUAGAGGGAGAUGAUAUUGAUGCCAAUAAUAAGGCAGAGAAAGACGAGAAUAAUGUUGAAGUUGAUCAUGAUGGUGGCGAAAAGACAAGUAGAGAUGGUGAUUCUUCUUCAGAUGAUGAAGAGGCUUUUGCAGUCAGGCAAUCUGAUGAAGAAGAUGAUUAUGCUUCUGAUGAUUCUGAAGAGCUAAUUAGAAACGAAACUCCCCAGCUUCAAGAAACCAUGGAGGUUUCUAAUGAUAUGGAAAAAAGAAGCGAACCGCCAAUGAAAUCGAGUUCUCUUCCUGGAGGAUAUGAUCCUCGUCAUAGAGAACCUUCUUACUGUAACGCAGACCGUGCAAGUUGGUGGGAGUUGGUGGUUCUUUCAAAACAUGCUCACCCCUCGGUUGCCACAAUGGCGGGAACCCUUCUCUCAGGAACAAAUAUUGUUUACAACGGAAACCCGCUGAACGAUUUAUCUCUAACUGCUUUCUUGGAUAAAUUCAUGGAGAAGAAACCAAAGCAAAACACUUGGCAUGGUGGUUCCCAGAUCGAACCUUCCAAGAAGCUUGACAUGUCAAACCGUGUGAUUGGAGCUGAGAUUCUCUCAUUAGCAGAAGGAGACGUGGCUCCUGAAGAUCUAGUCUUCCACAAGUUCUAUGUGAACAAGAUGAAUAGUACGAAGCAGUCAAAGAAAAAGAAGAAGAAGAAGCUACCUGAAGAAGAAGCUGCUGAAGAACUUUACGAUGUGAAUGAUGGUGAUGGUGGAGAAAACUAUGAUAGUGAUGUUGAAUUCGAGGGUGGUGAUGAGAGUGACAAUGAGGAGAUUGAGAAUAUGCUGGAUGAUGUUGAUGAGAAUGCUGUGGAAGAAGAGGGCGGUGAAUAUGACUAUGAUGAUCUAGAUGGAGUAGCCGGCGAGGAUGAUGAAGAGCUUGUGGCUGAUGUGAGCGAUGCAGAUAUUGACUCAGACAUGGACAUGGACCUGAUUGAUGGGGAAGAUGUUGACAACGAUGUUGAUGAUGAUGGUAGUGGUGGUGAUGAUGAUGAUAGUGAUGGUGAUGAUGGUCGUGGUAAGAAGAAAAAGAAAGAGAAAAGAAAACGGAAAUCUCCAUUUGCGAGUCUUGAAGAGUACGAGCAUUUGAUAGACCAAGACGAGAAGGAUAAUUCGAAGUCUAAAAGAAAAGCAACAUCAGAGCCCACAAAGAAGAAGAAAAAGAAGAAGACCAAAGCAUCAGAGUAAGAAGCAAGACUUGUUGCUUGCUAUGCAAGGCUCCUUGUGUUGUUGAGUAUUAAUAUACUGAAACGCUGGAG